UCCAGGCAACUUCGUUAAUUUAAUUAUAAUUGAAAAACCGUUCUUUCAUUAUUAUUAUGAUUUUUUAUUCAUUUUUUCAUGCGCAAACUCUGGUCUAUCGGUUUUCACCGGAGAUGGAAAGGGGUGACCGCAAAAUUAAUCGUUAAUUAGUUUCCUAUUAACGAUGCAGGGAAUUUAAUUCUCCUCUUCUCGUCUCUUUUCUUUUUUAUUAGCAUUUAUUUUUCAUUAAAAGCCCGACUCAUUGCUGUGGGUCAUAUUAUGGAUAAUUUUUUCAUAAUAUUUUCUUGAAAAUUGAGAUAAAUUCUAAACUGUUGGACACGCGGCUAGGAUCAGUAAGUUUAAUGCAAGAGCAUCAGUAAUUAUUUCUCACCCCUGAAAUUGCAUUUUAAAUUUCCAGUUUCAAUUUCUACUGUCGCCCAUUUUAAUUCAUUUAUUUUUGUUUACUCGUACCAGUGAUUGCUCAACUGUUAAAACUCAUUUUGUUUCAUAUAUUCCGAACAAAAGGGAGAGCAGAAAUUGCGAAAAAUAAUCAUUGAGAAUAAUUGCUUCAUGGUCUGAGUACUUUUUUCGAAUAAAAAUUGAAUGGGAAAAUUGACAGAAGGCUACGAAAUCCGAUGCUAUUGGGUACGAAGUGAAACAAUUGCUUCUUGUGCAAUAACAACUAUUAUAAUAACUGCACCGUCGAUGAGAUUGGAAAUAAACAUAAUUAAAUUAUCGAGGAGAAAACAAUAAUGGCGAAGUGAAAAUGAAAAUCGUAAUCGAAUUGAAAUCGAAAAAAAAAGGAACUCUUGCAAAAUUGCUUAUUGCUAAAUUUCAAAUGACAAUACGAAUAUCCAUUGACAAUUCAGUUUUCUACUUUAUCCAGUCGUAAUGCUACGCAUGCCUUAAUGCUCUGGCCACGGACUGUUGUUUUCCGGGAAAACGUCAUCAAAUAAAAAUACAUUGUACUAUAUAGAGACUUGAUAAUUCGCACGUCAAAAAUAUGGUGAGUGCCUCCCCAAAAAGAAAAAAAAAACGUGGAAAUAACGACGUGUCAGCAUUCUCGGAGAAGGAUUUUGAUGUUAAAGAAUGGAUAAACAAAACUUUCAAAUCAACUGAAGAACUGGAAGACAAAGACGCAUUCGUGUCUUCGUUGGUAAUGAAACUUCAACUAUACGUACAACAAGUCAAUGGCUCCCUCGAAGAAACGAGCCAGUCUGUCCUCUCGAGUCUCCCCAGGAUUCUCAGGGACACUCAGCUACUCCAACAGGAGGCAUUGGCGCUCAAAGAUAAGAUGGCAACUGUCAAACAAGAAAUAGCAAAGGUGGAAAAGGACACAGCCUUGUCCAUGACAGCUCUGGAAAAAAUGGCUAGAGUGAAAACUGAGCUUCAGGUUGCCAAACAGAGUCUUCAUGAGGCAGAUAAUUGGAGUGUACUUGCUAAUGAUCUUGAAGAGGUCUUCGAAUCGGGUGAUAUCGAGAAAAUUGGAGGGAAAGUCUUCUCGAUGCAAAAAUCCCUGUCCAUGUUAGCGAAUGCUGUUGAUUAUGAAGAUAAAAAAUUGCAACUCGAGGGAUUGAAAAAUCGUCUUGAGGCGAUGGCCAGUCCAAAAUUGGUGCAGGCCUUCACAAUUAGAAAUUUAGACGAGUCAAAAAUCUACGUGAAUAUCUUCAGUAAAAUGGAUCGACUCCCUCAGCUUCUGAAAUACUAUCAAAAUUGCUUGAAAGUUUCUCUCUGCGAGGAAUGGCGAAAGAUUCGUGAAGUCUCAAUGGAGGACAACGUCACCUCCUGGUUGAACACAUUCUACGACAAACUGUUGUUGGAAUGGCAGGAUCAGGUGAAGUGGUGCAACCAGGUGUUCUCCACCAGUUCCACAGUGACCUUGAUAGAUAUCUAUGCAGAUGUUUUGUGUUCCCUGGACCCCAGUAUCCACGACACCAUUACCGGGGCCCUGAAGUAUCUGUCACCUCCCCUGCAGCUGGAUCUCCUCAUCGAGCUCAAGAAGAUAACCCAGAAUUUCGCUCGAAACCUCAACGCAUCCCUGGAGAUCUCCCCAAUUCAUUUGAAAUCCGAGGAUAAGCUACUGGCCCUUGCCCAGUCAAUUUAUUCUCCCUACGUCGUUCCAGUGUCCAAGUACUCGACCUAUGAGUCAGGACAAUUGUCUGAAAAUCUUAGUUCCAUCGAGACGAAUCACGAGAGCCUGAGCGAUACGAUAAAUUCACUCUCCUUGAGUGUUUCAAGAGCAAUCGAUCACGCAAAUCAGGCAAACAAGAGGUGCAAGCUCUUCACCGAGAGCUGUGGAUAUCCAGGACUCCUGAAAUCCCUCAAUACCUAUUUUCUCCAGUACCUAGACAGAUUUAUAAGCUGCAUGAAGCAACUGGAGAAGAGAAAAACGAAACACGACGACUGGAAUCUCUUCCAGAUGUGUCUGACUUUGAUGCAGAUAAUCGGUGAUUUUUUGGUUCAGAUUGAGGAGUUCGAGAAGACACUUGUGGUGAGUAUCGUCGAGGCAAGCAACAAGCUGCAGAGUGGAACAGCAGGGUCCUUCAGCAAGUUCAAAAUUCUGCUGCUAACUCCAAACGGACGUCAGGAGUUCGACAAGCUGGUGAAAUCGUUGAAUCAGAACGAGGAGAAAACUCUACUAGCAUCUGUGAUUGAAUCUAUCUAUAAACUGUGCGCCGAUCUCCAUCACACCACUUACGAAGUGAUUUUUGCUCCUAUAUUUACGCAACUGGUGCUCAUUCAGAGGGCUCCAGCCUGGUUUGGAGACGGUGCGAAGGUCCAGGGUUUAUCCUCUGAUCUUCCUGAUUACAGUUUUGCUCCUCAGGAGUAUAUCACUCAAGUGGGGCAGUACCUCAUGACACUGCCACAACACCUGGAGCCUUUCCUCCUCAGGGAUAAUCCCAGUCUGGUGCAUGCACUCAGGGCUGCUGAUGCUCAGUACACACAGGGAAGUGCUGAGGGGGGAUUCACUGCCACUUUGCUAGGAAUCGUCGCCAAGGGGACCUGUCAGAUGUUUCAGGAUCAGGCACUGGGAAUUUGCGAACUCAAUACUGGAGCUUGCAAACAGCUUGCUACUGAUAUUGAUUAUUUGGGGAAUGUCCUCGAGGAAUUGGGACUACCCCUGUCAGACAAUCUUCAGCAGAUGUCUACACUGUUGAGAUUGUCACCGGAGGAUUAUCAGUCCGGUAGCUCAGGGUGCAAUGCCCGUAUCGUAGCUGCUGUUCGACAAAUGCGGAAUAUUGCAUCUUCAGGAUGAAAUGGAAGUGAUUUUGCUGUUAUCAAAUUUAUUCUUCAUUCCGUGUCUUCAAGGUUGAAUUUAAAAAUAUUGAUCGAUUUUUAAUUUUAUUUCCUUGUUGAUCAUAAAUUGCUCAUAAAGUGAGAAAAUGAGGGAAAAGCAUUCUUCAAUUAUCGUUACAACAAAUUUAACUCUGAACUUUUAACGAGAAAACAAUAAACUAUUGAACUAUUUGAA